AUGUCCACCGUGAAACAGUUUUCGCUUACCAGUGAAAAUCUUAAGAGGUUUGAGAAAGAACUACAAGAGAAAAAAAGGAAAAGCAAGUCCCUUACGAGAAAAAUAUACAAUGAAAGAACAGAAGGUGAUGGUAGAAGCUCAGGAAUUCAGUCUUAUGGCUCACAACUUAGUGCAUUUAAAGACAGCCUCAAUACCAAGUCGCAUCAUGUAGAGGCUAAAAAAGCUGUCAAUUCUCAUAAUCCCUCGCAAGCUGGUAGGAAGAUUUCUUUGCCUAUCCACCGACCAGGACCCGAAUCAGUCCGAAGGAACCCCGAUGGACAAAGUCGGAACGAAAGCAGCCCUACUCCAAAUAUUGUGAGGAUUGAUUAUGACGACGAAAGUGACCGCAUUGAUUACAAAACUAACAGCGAAGAUGAGGACCCAAGGCUCGCCUCUGAAGAUGAGGAAGAAAGUAGUGAUGAUGACGAUGAUGACGACGAUGACGACAGUGAUGAUGAUGAUGACGAGGAUAGUGAAGAUGAAAGUGUCGAGAGUGAAAGUGAAGAUGAGAGUGACGAUAGUGAUGAUGAUGAUGAUGAUGAUGAUGAUGAUGAUGAUAAUGAAGAAGUUAAAGUUGAGGAUGAAGUCGAGGAUGAUACCAAUGGAACUGAAACAGACUCUAAAAGACUACAAGAGACUCCUGUUAGUGUUCGAACUCACUACUCCAGCAGUUUAAAUGCGAGCACCAGCAGUAUUCCAACCAUUGCUUCAGUCCGGAGCAGACCGGAAUCUAUAAAAACGACCAAGACAGAGAGAAGAGCUAGCGUCAAGUCCACUGUUAGUUCUGCACCGUCUUAUAUUCUGAACAUUAAUCAGUUCCGCAUGAAAAAAAUGGCAGUAAAACAGGAAAAAGAAAGAGAGAAACUUGGAAUUGAAGUCAAUGAAUCGGAACUUUCUGAAUCGAGUCGCAACCGUUCAGCGCUUAGUAGAAUGAGCAUGCGCGAAAAAGGCACCACGAGCGUGCAAAGCAAAGGCUCUUAUGUGACAGUCAGGAAUUGGACACGAUGGAGCACAUUCAGUGCAGCUGGUUACACUAUUAGCGAAGGGCCUGACAAUAACAAAUUUAAAAGAAAACGGAAAACAACGCGAGCAAAAACUCCCACAAAAACACAAUCUCGCUCUCAAGUGCCACAUUUGCCUGCAAUUUCUAAUAAAACCUUAAGUAAAUCCCAACCUGACCUUCAAAAAGCUAGGAAGCGCCGCGUUACAUUAACAAUACUUCCUGGACUCUCGAAUGCGCGACCAGUAAGUCGCAGUCAGAUGGCUUCGCGAAUGAGUACUCGUUCGAUUAUAAAGACACCAACCAUGCCGCGUGUCAAAUCUGUCCCUGACUUGAAUAGGGAAGCGGUGAUGUCAUUUUUCGAGAUAGAAAGAGGAGCGAAUCGAUCUGAAAGCAGGUCUGGUCGUAGGGGCAAAAGUAGCAGAGCAGAAAUGUCAUCUAAAAGUAAGCAACGAAAAAGACAAGAAACAGACAAUGACGAUUUAUAUGAUUUUAAGAAUCGACGUAAAAGAGUUUUGAAACGCAAGGAACGCAGUCGGAGAGAGAGAAAUGAUACGUAUCUUAGUUCUGCGUCGACUAUUCGACCGAAUACUAGUCAUCACAAGAAACCUUCAAUCUAUGGUGGAGUUUCUUUAACGAGUGCAUUGUCCGUGUCCACUGUAAAAUCAAGUAAAUCUGACAAAAGUAGAAAAACUUCCUCUAGUGCUUCAAGCAAAGUAAGCACAAUUUCAAGAAAGCCCAGGAUGCAACCACUCCGAGCUUAUGCUGGUUACCAAAGCAACGCAUCCAGUCGAGGCUCAUUAUUCCCACCAGGGACACCUAUCAGUCUGAUCCUUCAACGCAGCCCGAGCCUGCGGUCUGCCAUAACAGAGUACAGCAGUUAUCUGAGCUUAGCAGUUUCGAGUAUUAAGUCUGCCCGAGCCACUUCUGUGUCGAGUCUAUCAAGUACCGGUAAGUAUUUACUUUUACAUUGACUUUUUUAAUAGAAGUUUAGUUUUAAUUGAAAAUCUCUAUAUUGUUGAGUGUCUACUCGAAAUCGGCCAGUCAACCUGCCAUCGCCUUCUCACUAACAAAUAAAGUCAGUAGAUAAGUUACUAACUCCCUUUGUGAUAUAAACAGAGAAUGAAAUAUACGUUUAGCGGUCAUCUUUUAGAAAAGACCAGCCUAAAUAUGAAACAUGAAGGAAAAAUGGUGAUGAUAAGAAGAAAUAGAGAAGAACAACAAGAAGAAGUAUCCAUCUAAGAGAAAAUAAUGGAACAGAGAGGGAAUCUUAGGGCGUUGACGCGUUGUUCCGUCAUAGAUCCAACGACGCGACGGCGACGAGAACGUCGCUUAAAAAGUGAAUUUACGUUCUUUUCGUCUUUACAGCGAUUAUUCCUACCCACUUACUUUGUCAAAUGUAUGCGAACCCUCCUGAAGCUGACUUUAAUGUGACCAUAUUCAAGCUCAGAAAGAGAAAUAAACUUUCGUCGUUGUUGUUUACGUCCUGCUUAAAGUGCGACAUUAGACAUUUUUACGUCGUAGAAGUGUAAAACAGGAAAGACAUGUACAAAAAAGGGUGAUACACGUGCAAAGUUGUUGAUUUGCUUAUUAAACCGUUGGUUUUUUGACGUUCUCAUAGCCGUCCGCGUCUUUUUGGAUCUUCAAGUCUCUAAUGUCCCAUUAUUCAACACCGAAUAAAAGUUUGCGGACCUCUCCGAAAACCAGCUUCUAAUUAAUUUCAAGCGAUUAAUUGGUCUAAAAAUAACUUUCGUUGAAAUUCACAUAUCCCAACGGCAAGACUGGGUGUUUCCCUCUCUCUCUCCUUAUUCUCUCAUGAUCCAUCAGAUGACGAAUUAGACUGAGAAAACAAUCGACAACCAAUCAGAAACACUACUGAGAUCUUAGUAGCGACACGUCAUCAGUAUGCAAUUUCUGCCCUUGUUUCUCAGACGUGAUUUCGCAGGGAAACCAGUUGUGGGGACGCGUAAUGUCGGCUAUUUCCCCAGGCUAACAAUCAAUUAACUUCAAUUCCCCAUUCCGGAAGCCAUAAGGGGAAUGGGUACAAGCUUUCGGCGCAAAGAUUUCUGGGGUCGUUUGGGUGAAAAGCUUUACGUAUGAUUGGUUAAUGGAUCAUCCACCAAUCAUAACUAACGUUCGCCCACCUAAAACAAUCUCAGACUGAUCACUACACCCAAAGCUUGCAUCCAUUCUUCCUAGAGUUUCUGGAGUGGAGAAUUUUCUCUGUCAAUUCAUGUACUCUUUGUAUCUAAAAAAAAACAAUCAAAGACCAUCAACCGCACACAAAUGUAAUAAAUGAACUGGCGUCAAGAAUUCUUGCCGGUUUUUAUGAGAGCUACAGACAAUAAGAACCACUCAAAGCGAUGGGAUAAAAGGUGACGAUGGCCUCUCAAUGGAGGCCAGGCUUACAUCAGCAAUGGUGAAAGAAUUGCGGACUUGUCAACAACUUUUUAAAACAAUUAAAGUUCAAAUAUAUUUGUUGUUUGUUUAUACGCCUAAUUCUUUAAUAUCCGUCAUACCAGAAGCAAACUCUUUCCCAGUAACGAAACAGGUGUAUAGUGAAGCUUCUUUCGCAGUUAUACUCCAGUUACCAUGGAGAUAGUUUUUUUGAUGGUCUUGAAUUUGUUAUUACUUCCAAGAACUUUUUCUUCAUUACUUGAACACUUAUUUUCCUUAUUUGUUUUUUCAGUAGCCUUCAAAAAUAAAAAAUCAUAGAGGCAACUACCUCAGUCGGCAGCCUCUGCAAAAAUUUGAAGAUUUUUGCAGGUGCCUUGUUAACCAUACAGCCUAAUAUACAAAACAAGAUAAACGUUUUUCUAAUGCUGCCUUGUUAAGGCUUUCGUCUGCCUCACAGCCCUGUUUUAGUACCCAAAGAUGUGCAGUAAUAAUUUUUCUAGAAUAUAUUGAAAAAUAGUGUCUCUUUUAUAUUUCAAAGACUAAAAAGGGGAAAUUUGUAUUAAGAAGAGAAGUGUCACUGAUGCAAAUUCAUAAUUUACGACAAUUUAUUUAACAAGGGGUAACGUUUAGGGCUGAAUUGACAUGCAAAUGUUAAAACGCCAGUCAUUAAAGAUUUAUUGGUCAAGAACAGUUAAUCUUUGCAAUUAGCGGUUUCUAAGACAUCAAAUCGUAGAAAGUUAAACACACUUUAUAACAAAGUAAAGUUGAGGCCAAGCUAGGCCAGCAUCUACGGCUGACAAAACUAUCGUCAAUGGAUGAAAAAGGCCCCCAAAUUAGAGUUGAGGAUGUUGAAAAUAACCAUGGUAAGUUACACGCAAAUUAUAAUGAGAGCCUCAUGAAUUUAUUCGAAAUAAUUUAAGCGGAGUUCAAUUUGGCAGAAAAAAAAUCAGCGAGAAGAUAGUAGAUUGUCGAAGUGCAAUAAACGUUUUUUCCAAGUCAAAAAAACGUGUUUGAAUGUUUUCAAGCGACAGACAUUGCCAUCUCCACCAUCAUUUACUGCAACGAUAAGUUAUAGAUUAAAUUGUUUACUUUUGAACUUAGCCACUCUGCAUGCUGAUUUCAUAAACCACAAAUAGUUCCACGGAAUAUGCGCACGGCAGGGGAAGAUGCAUGACCGGUAGGAUUCCAGAGUUGUGGUGGUUAGAGGACUAUUCUUCUAGGCUCUCAUGCCUAAACGAAACCUCAGUAUUGUAGAACUAUUUCUCACUUUUAAAAGAUCUAAGAGAACAACAAUCACUCUAUCUAACCAUCAAACCAUCGCCAAGCAUCGCUUCUUCUUGCCCAAAUGAAGUUCUUGAACUUCACGUACUUUCUCCAAUUACAACAUCUGAAUCGCUGUUACCAUGGAAUCGCCUGGAAUACAUAGGUCGACACUAAAUGUUUAAACGUUAUGCCCGAGAGGCAAAACUCAACUGCCUUCGGUUGGUUUUAUUGAAGAGUACUCGUCACCCGUUAAACAGCUGAACAGCUGUCUACAUCAAGGAAAAUAUUUAGUUGACUAAAACCAGAUAAAUGCUCUCAAUUACAAGAGGAACGGAAGGUAAUUUUAAACUGGAAAGAUGUAAUGUGUUGUAUAUUAUUAUGCCAACUGUACAAUUGCAACCGUAAGUUAAGGCAUGAUGCACGAAUUCAAAGAAGUAUCCUUUGCAAAAACUGACUAGAUUGGAGAAGAUUCGCCUAACAAACCAAGAGUAAUCUUCUCACCUUUGAUCAUAUAAACUGGAAGACUAUAAACCCUUUUAAAUGGAACAGACGACUAAAAACGUUGCCAAGGAAAAAGCUACCAAGAUACUAGAAAAUCGGUAAAUUCCUGAGUGUUUUGGUAUAUUGACAAGAAGAGUUCAAAUGAUCUGAAAGAGAAAUUUCGAUUUUUGUAAGAGCAAUGUAAUGAUUUAUUUGUUUGUUUAGUGAACAGAGGCACCCAUCGAUUAGAAAACUCUAAACAAGUCAUAAAUGUUUAAAAUGGAUUUAGCUAUGCUUUAGAAGUCUGUUUCGUCAAUUUGGAGCUGCUCUAAUCACUAUCUAUCUGUUCGGAUUUUUACUGAAGGGAAACUUUGACCGUCUCGAAAGUUUAAGCUACCCCGGCAGGUCUUGUCACUGCAAGGACACGCGGAGUAACCAUACUUUCAUAAGAAAAUUUUAGAGGACGACCUUUGUCUAUACCUAAAUUUUCAAGUACUAGCCUUUUUUUUUACCAAUAAUCGCCAAAUAUUGGGAAUAAAAUGUAAAAAAUCCACUCCCGAAAAUCUUAGGGAGGUUAAUAUUAAAACUCCGAAUAUCUUAGACGAUCGAAACGGUUAUCCGAAAAAUUCUAGCCUUUCGUCUGCAAUAGAAGUUUCUAGACAAUAUUUACUCCUUUGACAGACAUUUUACCGAAACUAGUCGUUGGGUGCCCCGGAGUAAAGAGAACUUAGGAAACAUGAUUCUCGAUAGUGCGCUGUCGCUUAGUUAAACUGUGUUGCCAGGGACACCAGACUCGCUGAGAAACGAGCCAGUCUUAAGCUGAUUUGAGUCACUACUGUUUCUUAGACGGAGAGAGCACAGCUGUCGGUCCACAGGCUACCAGCCCUGAUAAGGAAGAAGUUAAACCAUCGCCAUUUAAACAGGCUACACCAGUGCAAAAGGAGCCAACACCGGUGAACAGGGAGCCAAGAAAGUCUUCAUCAAAGGCAAAGAGAAAUACACCUGCGACGCGGGAGGAGAAACAGAGUGAUUCUGAAAGCGAACGAAUGCAUUUACCGUUAAUUCGGCCGCAGACGGUGACUUCUGGUGCAACCUCUCCUUACGCUUUAUCUGUGAGAGCUGAAACGCCAAAAGGUAAGGAACUCCGGGAGUAAAAAAGUUUAAUGCGGGGAUGCUCCUCCCAGAUUUCAGAGCCCUUUCCCUUUGAAGAUACCUUUUGAAAAGCGCACUACAUUAAAAACACUGUUACAGUAUCCCUUUUCUACCCUUGAAGAAGGAUUUUGACUAAUAACUUCGUUAUUCUAUGAUGCUACUUUUUCUUCUCGUGAUUGACCGCAGCAAAAUUCUCGAGUGGAUCAACCUCAGGGUGUGGCCGUCUCUCCCUGCUGAUACCUUGAGUCAACUCGUGAAAUCCCUGCACCUUUUUUAAAUAAGAGAUAACUUUUUAUAAUUAGCAAAUUGUCGAGACCUUGAAGCUUUACAUCUGCAACUACAAAAUAAGCAAUAAUGUUUAAGUGUGAAACAACAUCAGUUAGUAGUCAGUCCUGCUGAUACAGAUUGAAUGCUAGAUAUCAAUGUAGCAGUAUAAAGUGCUUCAGUCGCGCGGUUACACCGCUUUGUCAUUGUGGCUAAUGCGGUGACUCGUUUUUUUUCCCUUCACUGGCAGAAAUAAAGAAAGCAAAGAAGCAGCAGAAACUCAAGUUACCACACAGUGAGUGUUUCUUCAGUGAAAUAAUUCAAACCGCGGCAGAGUAUACUUAUUACUGUUGUCGUGGACGACAAGCUUGGGGGAAUCAUGGUUUAAAGCCUUGCUUUUCCUUCAUUACUGUCCUAAAUCUAGCUAAGAUUUCAUUCAAUGAAAAAAUUGAGUCUGAGUCAUUAUUUCAAUAAAUUUUUCGGAAUGUUUGGGUUAUUUUUCGAAUGUUAUGAUAAAUUAAAGAUUAAAAAUUUGAGGGAAGGAUGUUUAGAAUUAUGGAAAAUUGUAAACAAACAAAAAAACAACCAGACUUCCCCCCUUAAGAAGAGUGACUAGACGGAGAAGGUGUGUCACUUUUGUCAAGAAAAGUUGAGAGAGAGUUUAAACCGACCCUUGCAUCAUUUAGGCCCGUUUCAAACGUUGUGCUACUGCCGUGCUGAACUCAAUUCAUAAAUCAUAAAUACAUUAGAAUAUAUUCAAAAGUUUGCUAAACCGUUUCUUUAAUUUUGCGUUUUGUAUUCGGCAACAGCCGUUCUAAUCGACUGAAUUAAAUUCGAAGUCUGAAACCAAGUCGUGCUAGUGUGUAGCUACAGUCGAGCCAGCCUAGCACGGCAGUAGCACUACGUUUGAAACAGGCCUUAGGUUUUUUCUAUGCAAUGUUAGACUCAUGUUAAUCAUCGGACAUCAAAACUGCAGAAUCGAUCGUUGCCUAUAGCAACAGUGUUACGAUAACUCGAGCUCAUCAUUCUUUAUAAAUUAGGAGUUUCAGAAGCAGGGUACCUGGUACCUCUUAUUUUCUAAUUACUUUACGCUUUUGAAUUUUCUAAGUGAUUUGAAGCUUGAUUAAAUGAUGAGUAUAAGCUUAAAAGGCAAAACCGACGUUAACACUCUCAUCUGGCUUUUGUGCGUGUUCAGCUGGUCUCUUCGACUAUGCUUUUAGCAUCUUGUGGUCUAUUAGAAUAGAAUAGACUGGGUAUUCUGUAGCCACAAGUGAAUUCCUUAACGAAGUAGCCCGGGCUCACUUGUGCUAGUUCUGGGAAAAUUUUGGCGCGCGAGGAAAGUGACUUCCUCGCGCGCCAAAAGUUUCCCAGAACUAGCUAGCAGAAGUGAGCCCGCUCGUAGGCUAUUCAAGAAGAAGUUUUGUUUGAUACGGAAUCAGUAGUAGCGAACUUGCUAUCUGCAUAAUAAUGAUGACUAUUUCUUACAGUAAACUAGUUCUUUCCAAGCAAGAGACUGAGGUACUUGCGUCCUCUCCAAUUGUUCUAAGUCAUUACUGAAACAUUUACAUCAACAUCAUAUUAAAACUUGUGCAUAAAGUCAUUCAAAUUUCAUUUUCUCUAAAUUCUAUUGCCUAAACAGAAUAAAAUAUGCAUUAGAAUUUGUCUCGUUGGAGUUAAUGGUAGCUAAUGUUGAAGCCGAGUACCAGUAGUUAAUUUCGUCUUGCAUUAUUUUAUCUUUUGUUUAUUGCUCAAGGAUGCAAAACCUCAAUCACUAUAGUAGGAAGCCUGUCUUUUGCGUGCACAAAUUCACCUAUCUUAACAAAUUUAUGUUUGUAGGACUGUUUGAAUAACAAUUUCCAGGAUCAACAUACAAUUACCGCCCUUUGUUAUUGUGGCUUACUUAAAACAAAGACAAUACAAUUGAGAUAUUGAAACCUCACAGGACUAAUGGUUGUCCAAUCACAAUCCAGAUAGCAACGCAAAGUCGGACAACGUUAAUGAGCACCACGUUUUAAAUGUGGUGUCUCUAUGGGAACACAGCAGGACGCUGUGUUGAAUAUAGACAACCCCGGCACAAAGCUGACGAAUAGAAAUAACCAAAGCGAAAUUGACACUAAGCAAACUACGCUCCUUACAACUUUUAACUUACGACAGCGACUGCUCUUGUCACAAGCCUUAACACCCGGUAUCACACGGUUUUUGUUUACAAUCUGUUUAAAAGUUCUCUGUUGCUGCAACUGCUGCUGUAAACAUGACAGAAGUGGCAUGUAAGUAUGAAUGGAUUCCCCAAGAAAUGUUUAACUAGCUACUUAAUCUUGAUUUUACCAGGAAUACCGAGAUCUUCAAUGUCUCGUGUUUUCCUUUCUUUGCAGUUGUUAGAGUGAAUCACCCGCUACCCGACUUCACGGAGGCCACUCGAGAUGCCGGCAUGUAAGUAACUAUUUGCUUUGGUUCCCAGUUCAAUUCGAUCUUAUUUGUCUCAAACAAUCCGAUCAGUUUUCCUUUUUUCUGGAGAUAUAUUUUAUUUUUUUGUUUUAACAGCACUCGCCUGGUCAAACUAGCAAAACCCAAGGAGUCCAAGGCUGUAUGGAUGACAAGCUUUUGGUAAGGGAAACUACAUAAAAGGCGUACUCAGUGGUGUUUAUAAUGCAAAAAUCUAGUAUAAUUAGAAAAGUUCCUGCAAAGGCUUAGUUAAAUAUGUAACCUAUAAGUAGAUAACUAACUUAUUCUAGAUUUAGCACUUUGCCCUUAGAAAUUUCUGCUUAGCUUUUCUUCAUGAUUAUUGAAAUGUAUGAAACACAUUUUAUCUGAAAACAAGGGUAUUCUCUCCUUUUUUCAAAAUCAAGCGCUGUUGUUCGUUGCCUGGUCAAGGGCACCCAACGAGGAUAUAGUUCAAAACCCGGUUCAAAACCACUUAACAUGGCAUUGUUGAACGUAUUUUAGUGUUCAAACGGUAGAUAUAGGCAUAUUUUUAUCCCCUAAAAACUUUUCAUCUGUUCGGAUAUCCUAGCUGAAAGUCUAGUGAUCCGAAAAUUAUAGGGAUAAAAACUUACUUUCCCGAAAAUUUCAGCUAGGAAAAGGCUCCCGAAAAUUCUAGGUGGCCUUUUUUAGGGUCAAAAUCCGUUAAAAAUGGGUAAUUAUACCAUUUUGUAAAUGUUCGAAAAUCCUAGGAGAGGCAGGCAAGCAAGAAAUUUUACAACAAUUGCUCCGAAAAUUCUAGAUCUCAAAUCGUCUUCCGAACAGAUAUUUUCCCGAAAAUUGCCGUUGGGUGCCCCUGCCUGGUUGAAUAAAGGAUAACUUUUGAAAAAAAUGACAAAAUUUAGUGUAUACUGUUAAAAAUGCCUUGCACUUAAGUUAAAGUUUUACUUUUAUUUUUAAUGCAGUGAUAUCGCGCUAAUGACAUUUUUUGUGAAAAGGCUAAAGACACUGUUUAAUAGAGUGCUAAUUGGCUUGAUUGUUUAGCCAACAUAUAUUGAAGAAUAGAAUUUGCCUUUUAGGCCUCUCGUUUGGGGAAACCAAGAAACGAUGUGGCCUUUAUCUAGAGCAGCGCUAUCAGCGAAUGCUUCAGAGAGAUUAAUGGCCUUAGCAACGCCGAAGAAAGAUUUCCAACAAGAUCAUCCACUCAACACAUUGUCCAUGAUAUGUUUCGGCCAUUUAAAUCCCUAAUUAAGAUUGUUACAUGGUACGUUUUUCGUUGAUCAGAUAUGCCAUAGCUCGUGCGGUACUAGCAUCGAUCAGACGGUCUCACACAAUACAACUCACUUAAUCAAUUUCAAGUAAGGAAAGAAGCCCCUGGAAAUAAGCCAAACGUUUUAAUUAUUAAUUCUAAAAAAAACCAAUCUCUUCGAAGAAGAAUCAAGUAGCAAUUUAAAGUAGUUUCAUUUUAGCCUGCGCGCCCUUUUCAGGUGCUGCAUUCCGCUCAUUUCCUAUUUCCAUAGCCUUUCCUUUGAGGAAGUCAACGAGAGCGUAAGUGAAUGCGAAGCCCGAGGUUUUAUUUUAUUCAUGUUUUUCUCAUCCCAACCACCAGCGCGAGAAGUCAAUCAAUAACCCGCUGUUUUAAUUUUUAUACGCGCGCUCAAAAAAGAAGGUCUGUUAAAAGACACUUCACCCAUUCACACUUCACCCGUGUGGCAAGUUUUUGAAAAGAGGUUUCAAGAAAGUUUGCAAUUACCUUUUUUAAAACACGCACUCGAGCUUGCCAUACCUAGCCUCAUGAUCUACUUUCCCCAUUUUUAGGGAACAAUACUCGUUUAGCUGCGGUCGCAAUUCUGUUCUGUGGGAGGUUAAACCGCUGGCUCUGAAAGCAAACAUUUCCGCAAGACUCGAGCAGUUGGCCGAGCCUAAGCCGGUACCAGAGGGACACAGAGAACCAAGGUAACUUAACAUUUACCAACGUACACGUGCGACUAAAGCAUACUCCCUGCACAAGGCGCUAGCGCUCGCGUUCAUUCCUCUGCCUACGCAACAACACAGGUUCUUUCGAUACAGGUAACUCCGCCAGGCUUCAUUCUGCAUUGAUCCAUGUUGUACGUCAGACUGUGAACUGUUUCCAUUUCAGAGAUAAAAAAAAACGCUGAACAAUACCUGAACAAACAUUUCCGCAGACUGUCUUUCCACUACGAUGCUUAUAACAUUUUCGUGACACCCUUCACUGAUUAUUGGGAUCAAUGGUUCGAAAGGCUGUAUUUGUAAUUAGAUGACUUUGUUGCAGCCCUGUGUUUAGUAAAGAUUGCGCACUAGUUAUAAAGCCUUUUGGGUAAAACAAAAAGUUUUUCACUAACUUCAAUUUUCGUCUCAAGAUUUUUUCUUUUCUUUUGGCACGAAAAUUAUUCUGUUUUCGUUCUUUGGGGUUGAAAAAUUAAGUACCGUUUAGGAAAACAUAGUUAAGACGGUGUUCGAACAAACCGACGUUCCAACUCAUUUUCAAUUUUGCUAACAGUUAAUGACUUAAAAUAAUAUUUGGGCCACUGAUUAUUUCUAACCCGGGAUUUAAGUCAGAUGUUAGACUACCGUAAACGAUCGAUAAAACGCCGCUCUCGAAUAACCGCCGCGGUGCUAAUACAGGUAUUUAGAAAUUAACGCCCCACCUUUGUCACGGCGCUAGAUAUCACUUGAGAAAUAAGACCUCGACCAACUCGUGAGUUCUAAAGCUUUUAUGUAGGGAAACUCUUGAAACCAGAUUCAUAUAACAGUUCGAGGUGUACAUAUUUUAUACCAUUGUGCACACCAAGUACGCACCUCUCUUAAUUCUCUCUAUAUUCCCCUCAGUGUUUUAGCCGUAGUUGAAAUAAGCACCGCUCUCGUAUGAGCCCCGCACCUAUAACAGAGAAAAUGAAAUUACCGCCGCGGCGCUUAAUCGAUCAUUUUUGGUAUGUUUUCAUCACCGAACCAACAUUUUUGUUCACAAUAAUAAUAAUAUUUGAAUCACAUCUACGUUUCAUAAAUCUACUCUCUAGAAACGAAAAAAAUGCACACUGGUAGUUAAACGACUUUCUUAGAAAAAAUGUUGAAUUUCUGAUGGUAUAUAAAAUGAUCCUGGCCAGAGGAGGUGUACUUAGUUGAUUAGCCGUAGGCUAGAUUUUCGCCGCUUUCUCGGUCCUACCUGACCAGGGGCUGAUUUUAUGGAAAGGAUUAGACAGAUAGAUAACUAAAUGUUACAAUCCUCUCUCGAAAAUGACAAAAUCACUCAGUUAAAAACAAAAAAGCAGACCAAAAACAGCUGUAAGUAUGUAAUGCAAAUGAAAAACAAAAAAUAAACUCAUUAUAUAAAGGAAUGUUUUCAAGCUUUUAGAAAUAAAACAUUUAUUCGAGAGAAAAGAGUGAUAUUCAAGAGCAUACAGGCUGUAUUUCAUAGCAAUUUGCUUCAUAUAUAGUGUGGAAUAUAUUACCAAUACCACCAGGGAACCACUGUGUCAAAUUCACUGUUGUCUGUUAUUUUUGUCUCAUUUCCAUAAAAAAUAUGUAGUGUUGUCAUUUUAAAAUGUACUUCUGAAAAAGUUCGGUAGCUUCUGGUUCAUGCACCCCUAUACCAUGACCUUUGGUUACCAAUUGUUGACAACUACAAAACUAAUUAUUUUUGACAAAAAAAUUCCUGUUUUUAUAUCAAACUGAUCAGACUUUGAAACUAAUGUUCUUCUAAACAGUCUCUUUUACAAUAGCUCAUUCACGCUUGGUUUCAUAGUAAUUUCAAAACACUUGAAUUUGGUGAUAAUUAGCUCUUUGUAAAAAGCAAAACAAUUAAAAACCUGUUAACAAAAUUUCAUUAUCAAAAAACGUGAGGCCUAAUUUACAGUAGAACNACAAUAGCUCAUUCACGCUUGGUUUCAUAGUAAUUUCAAAACACUUGAAUUUGGUGAUAAUUAGCUCUUUGUAAAAAGCAAAACAAUUAAAAACCUGUUAACAAAAUUUCAUUAUCAAAAAACGUGAGGCCUAACUUACAGUAGAACUUUUUUUGAAGUUUAAAGCCGUCUUCUGAAAGUGGACAUGAAAAAGAGGCAUUAAUAUUCUGCUCUGAUUCUGCUCUGUGUCUGACGCGGAGCCCAGUAAGAGUACAUUGUGACAUCAGUUCUGUGUGCGCGCGUGACAUUCCAGAAUUAUUCAAUUGUUAGUGAUCGUUCAGUUGCCAUGGAGUACUUGACCCGGCUACUGUGUUAGUUAUUGUCGGAGGGGACCAUCGAGUAUUGUGAAGUUUAUGAGGCGAAGUUAACAUCUUUCCCCAAGAUCAACCGCAAAGGUAAAGUUUCAAAAUGUAGUUUGUCUAAGGGAAUAUUACACAGUAUACCCGACAAGAAUUAUAACGUGGUGUGUAAGAAAAUUGUCAUUCAAACAGUACACAGGCGAUUGGAUUUUUUUGACUUCGAUUCGUUUCGUUACUAUGACAUGGAACGCUAGCUCUAACUAAGGCUUAUCUAACUGGAAUUUUUUAGCCAUUUCAGUAAGAACUUUGGCGAGGCAAUUUAGUAAACCAUUCUGCCUGCAGACACUAAAAUAACAUCAACCAGAACAACGAGAGUAGCUCUAUAAAAACAAAAUCUAUCUCCGAGUCUAUGGUCCUGUAUCAUCUAGCUAGGGCCUGGACUUCUAUGUUCAGCCUUUUUUAAUUUCACUGAUUUAUGUAAUGACGAAUUUUAUAGAACCAAGAGAGAAGCUCAUUCUCUAUUGAUAGAACACCGUCGCUUACCAACUCAAUAGCAGUCCAGAGAUAGCAGUCUAUAACACAAAACUAAACCUAUUAUCCAAAUAAGUCUUCCGGUUAUGUCAUGCCGAGCUCCCACGCCAUGCAGGUCACGUUUAAUUUUGGACAAUAAAUGAAUCAAAAAUACCCUACUCAGUUUAGGACAACAUUUUCCUUUUUUAGAACCCUAUUUAGGAGAAAAUACGCGCUGUCUUGUUCCUUUAUUAAAAUUAAUUUAUAGAGACAAAGUCGCAAAUUAGAGACGGGAUUUUAUGAAGUGCCUAGAGAGUACCCUGUGUAGUCAGUUCAAGAACUAUCCAAUCUAUCAUAACUAUUCAGCAUAUCAAUACUUAACACAUUGAACAAAGUAUGUCACUAAAACAGAGACUCGUGGAACUUCCUUUCAACAAAAAUGGCCUCAAAAAUGCUGAUGAAAUGAGAGUAUUGAUGACCUCCGCGUACUGACUGUAAGGAUCAUUUUGUCCGGUAGACGCCUUUCACUUUGUUGAGAGAUGCAUGGCCAUUAUAGAGCGGUUAAAAAAAAUUGAGUAAAUGGAUUUCUGUCCGUUAAUUGUGACAAGAACAAGUGGCCGAUGUGUUGGGCCAUAGUGAAGAGUUCGAGAGAGUAUACAGUCGAAUCUCUCUUCACGUACACCUCAAUAAGACGGACACCUCUUAACAUUGUCUUAAAAACGGACACUUAGAGCUAGUCCCUGCCUUUCUUUACUCCCUUUAAUUGACUCUCUAUAAGACGGACAUCUCCCUGACACGGACACUUAUAGUGCCUGGCGGUCCCAAGACUCUCCCAAAGGUUUCCGUCUUAGAGAAAACUGACUGUAUACAAUGUAUAUAGGUCGUCGUUCAGUGAAAAAUACUUAUUCAUUUUCCCAUUUUGAGCUCAUUUGACUUUCUUUUUUUUCCAGGGAGGCUUACAUCUUCAGCUGCGGAAGAAGUUCUCCUAUCUGGCACGUUAGCGAGGCAGCCAAAACGGCCGAAGAGCGGGACAGAUCGUUAAGACUGGCUACUCCAAAGAAAACUCAUCACCAGUAUCAACCCGAGCGCGUGGUGCCUUGGAUUGUCAGUGAGCCAGCUAAGAGAGCUGUGUCCUCGGCGCGCGUGGAGCAACUCGCGCGACCCAAAACACGACAAGAUGGGCCUGUUAGAGAACCUACAUGGCGCGUUUCCUCGGCAAGCAGACGGACUGUGGCAUCUGCAAGAGUGCAGGAGUUGGCAAAAGCGAAGCAGACGGUUGAGGGAUAUUUACCUUGUAGAGAUGUGGAGUGGCCGGUUAGCAGGAACACGCUUAGAGCAAUAGCCUCAGAGAGGACCCAAACUUUGUCCAAGCCUAUCAUUCGAGAGACCAUGGACCACGUUCAAUUUAAUCCUGAUGCGUUUACUGUGAGCGAAUCGGCAAAAAAGGCAAAUGCUUCCCAAAGGAUCGUGGAAUUAGCGCAACCUUUAACGCGCGGACAUAAAUAAUAAAAAGUGUUAUCAGGUUUACUGUUUAACACGCAUGGAACGAUCGAGAAUUACUGUAGGUCAGCAUUAGGAACGUGAGUAAUAAUCGACUCUCCUCCUAUGUGCUGCUUUGGAAAAAAUUUUUGAAAGAUUCCAUGAAAUACAAAAAAACUAUUUAUUGAAGUUACACUUUAAUUGACCCCAGGUUUUCCUUCAAAGCGUUGUUAUUUCUCUUGCUUCUGUCUCCUGUGCAUGCUUAGAGCGAUUUAAUUUACCAAUUUUCAAACGUAAAGAAUGUGGUACGUUCAAACGAAAGUUAAGUUUUUAUCCAUUUGUUAUUUGUCAAGUAAAUUUGAUAAAUUAAUCGAUUGUGUGACAAAGUACGGUACAUAAACGAUGUUUUAUAGAAAUAGGACUAAUUUUGAAAUUAUUUUUUAUACGUUGCAAGGC